CCCUCCCCGUGUUCUUCCGCGAUCUGUUGCUUCUGUUUUUCAACUUUGGCCCCAGCACCGCGGGACUGUUCCCUGGAGCCCCCCCAGCAGCCCUUUUUAGCCGGCCAACUGCUUCGGCCCUGCAGUCACUAUGGACCUCUGGUGGCUCUUGUGGAUUUCCCUUCUGUUCCUGGUUCCCUUCAUCCUAAUGGAGAUCAGCAGCGGCUUUAAAUUCCACUUCAAACUUGUGUAUUACUGUGCCAUGUGCCUCCUACUCUCUGCCCUGGCAGCGCCAAUGUGCCUACUGACCAACGGCGGCCGCACUGUCAAUAACAUGAGGAUAAUUAGUAGAGUGGUUCGCACCCUGAAGUACUUCUUCGGCGUACGAUUUGAGGUGAAAGGGUUGGAGAAUUUUCAGAUCGAUGGGCCGUGUGUCAUUAUAUCCAACCAUCAGAGUAUCCUGGACAUGAUGGGUCUGAUGGAGAUCCUGCCCGACCGCUGCGUUCAGAUCGCCAAGAAGGAGCUGAUGUACGCCGGCUCCGUGGGGCUCAUCACUUACCUGGGGGGGGUCAUUUACAUCAACAGGAAACGCACCAGCGAUGCCAAGAGCAUAAUGGCCGCCGUUGCCCAGGCGAUGAUAAGUGAUAACUUAAAGGUCUGGAUCUAUCCCGAGGGAACCAGGAACAACAGCGGGGACCUACUGCCCUUCAAGAAGGGAGCAUUCCAUCUGGCGCUGCAGGCUCAGGUUCCGAUCAUUCCGGUGGUCUAUUCCUCCUUAACCAGCUUCUAUAACCAAAAAAAGAACCUGUUCACGGGAGGCACUGUCAAGGUGGAGAUCCUUCCCAAAAUCGAUACUUCAGGCUUGACGGAAAAUGACAUCACGGACCUGACGGAGAGAUGCCACCAGACCAUGAGGCAGGUCUUCUUCAGGCUCUCGAAUAAACCCUACGAGUCCAACGGGCAAAGCAAUUGUGCCCAGUAGGCGAUGGGACUUAAGGUACCAAAGGACACCCUAGGGCUAAAGUUCUCAUUUUGAUUCGAAAGGCACUGAACAAGAGGAACAGGGAACGUUUAAGCCACCCAAAGUGCCACACGAGGUCAGUUCCACUGGAAGACACAAGAUAAGUCCUAGAACUCUCAGAGCUGGGGAUUUGCACAAUGCUCAGAAGACAGGACUGGAUUCCUCUGGAGCAGAUUAUUCCUCGUACAUAACAUUUCCAGACCUCUGUAUUAUUGGCACAUACUGCUGAAGCACAAGUCAUAUCUCCUACAGGAAUCUCAGGUCCCUCAGCUAAUAUUUAGGUGCAGUUGGUCAGUGUCCUGCACCCCAACAAGGGUGAAAUGGAAACAGAACUUCACCUUCCUAUGGGAAUUUCCAAAAUACAAGUCCUCGUGCUUGAAAAGCAUCUUGGUUCAUGGGUUUAGCACAUCCUGGAUGAUAUAUGUUGCUCUUGAUCUGAUAACAUGACCUUCAUUAGCACAUAAGCCAUAUCUCCUACAGGAAUCUCAGGUCCCUCAGCUAAUAUUUAGGUGCAGUUGGUCAGUGUCCUGCACCCCAACAAGGGUGAAAUGGAAACAGAACUACACCUUCCUCUGGGAAUUUCCAAAAUACAAGUCCUCGUGCUUGAAAAGCAUCUUGGUUCAUGGGUUUAGCACAUCCUGGAUGAUAGAUGCUGCUCUUGAUCUAAUAACAUGGCCUCCAGUAUCAGAUGAGGGUUUCUGAUGGUCAUGGUCAUGGGCCCACUGGAAUUAUUCUUCAUACAGUAUUGCUCCCCUAGAACAUCUUUAGGAUUCAGCAGUAGGUAUUGCUCUGAUGUUGGGUGUUCCCCCAACUCUGGAUCUCAGUGUUAUAGAUGACCUCUGGGAUGGUUUUUCCAGCACCAACACUAUUUUUAAGAUAAUUCUACACUUCUAAAGUGUAUCCUAAUAAGAGUAUGUUGAUAUUGUCAUGUUUUAUACAUAACCCCUGUUAUAUUGAGUGUGGAACAACAAUGGGGAUCCAUACAUGAUGGAACACACACAACAUUCUAGAGUAGAGAUGUUCCAUCACAGGAUAGAAGCAACAAAGAGUUCCAUCAGAACUAAGGAGAAAAGUGGCUCAAGAAAGGUUCUCUUGUUUAUGGCUUUCUGGCCCAUGUUUGUGUCCUACUGUAUUGGGGCUUGACAAGAGAAGCCAUUUAUGUAAGAGUUCCAUCAGAUAUGAAAGUCCUCAUAGAAGUUCUGGAGGGAACCUUGAUGGAACUGUAUACCUGUAGCUUGAAUUUCGAAAGCACUUAUACCUUGUAUAGGGAAGACUGGCCUCCUUGUGGUUCCACAUUGACCUUCUUCCAGUUGUACAUUUCUUUGUAUUAUGUUUAAAUUUGCCAAAUGACUUUAAUAGAGAAGAUCAACGAUCA